UUCUGAGUCUAACACAUCCAGUUCUUCCAAUUUUUUACUCGCUCAAUUCUACGAACGCAUCUCUCGUAGUUUGCUCAUCGAGUGAAAUAUUUUUGAAUCAACAACAAUCUUAUUUUCUCCACGUUUUUCGAAAACUCAAUCAAAACAAAAUGGCUCCAGUUGUGACUCUCGAUUUCGCCAGUGAGACCCCCAUCUCUCGCACUGUCCAGUACAAAAAGGUUACAAAGCCCUUGCUGGAAAGACAACGCCGCGCCAGAAUCAACCGCUGCUUGGAUGAAUUGAAAGACUUGAUGGCCGGCGCUUUGGCCGCUGAGCACGGGGAAGCCGGCAUGGCCAAGUUGGAGAAGGCCGAUGUUUUGGAGCUCACCGUCCGCCACUUGCACAAACUCCGCCGCGAACGCCGUCUAGCGUCCAACCCAGUCGUCGCUAGCGAUCGCUUCCGCGCUGGAUUCACCCAGUGCGCCCGCGAAGUGUCCGUCGCUUUGGCCGCCACACCCGGUGUCGAUGUCACCCUCGGCACUCGCCUCAUGACCCACCUCGGCCAUGCCCUCAACGGUCUGGAUGCUCCUACACCUACGCCGUUGGCUUCUUCCACUCCAAACACCACUGCUCUUCCCGUCCGAUCAUACAGCCCACCCGAUUCGCCCGUCUCCAUCACCGAUGCUCACGAACUCCAACAGCAGACCAUGUGCUGGCGCCCGGAAUCACCUCUGUCCAGCGGUUACGGCAGCGACACCAAUGCCAUGGAACGCCCGUCUUCCAAAACAUCCGGAAGCUCCGUCUGGCGGCCGUGGUAAAUCGUCUUCAUCCUCAUAUCAUCAUCAAUCGGGGCGCUGUGAUAGACCGUCUUUUGUUUCAUCAUGCUCUUAAAAUCAUUUUUUUUAUUGAACAAGUUGUUCUCUCACUGACGUCAAAAGUCUUUCAAGAAAAAAACAAAACAAAUUGUUCUUUUGUCCAGCUGUGUUGGUUCCGAUUUCUCAUCGCUGAAUUGGAACCGAUCGGCCGCUCGCUUCCCACCCAUUCUUCUUUUGUAUGUUUUUUUUUUUCUCUCUUUUGGAUUUUUGUUUAUCCAAAUGGAGAGAAGAAUUAAUCGUGUCGGUAGACCAGUGAUCUCACCACCUUUGGCCAAUAUUGUGUCCCGCACUCAAUUUUUUAUGCCUAUUUCUUGAUGUCAAGUGUUUUAUUGUGAUACUGUGAUAAAGAUUGUUGUUUCUCAUCAAAUGCAUGAAAAAAUUCAACCAAGUAACUGGACGAACAUGUUCGAUCCACUAUCAGAAAUAAAUACUAUUUCAGUUUAAAAAAAAA